AUGUGGCUGAGCCGUGUUGAUGUACUCGAUUACGACAAAGAUUUAAAUCUGGGUCCUGAGAAACUUCGCCGCAAGUCGUGUCUCUCGUUAAUCAUCACGGCUCAUUUUACGUUCGUCGUAGGUGCAGAUCUGGGACUGGGGUUCCAGGAUCACUUCCUGGUGGUGAAGUACGCGGUGCAGACCAUCUUCCUGUGCUGGGGUGUGUUCAUCUGCUGCAUGUUCCUGUACGGCGGCUACCGCGUCAUGGCGCUGCUGAGGAACAUGCCAGGCAGCCUGCUCUCCCGCGAACCUCCGGACCGCACUCGCAAGGGUAAGCAGCCCGGCUGA